UCUUAUUUCCUCUUUUAUUCUCUUCCGCAGUCUCAUUCCCCUCUCUCUCUCUCUCUCUCUCUCUUUUCCAGGAACGAGGAAGAAGGGAGAGAAACGAGGUGGAAGAAGGAGAAGAAGGAGAAGAAGCGGAGACCGUAGCCUCGCGUCUUAGUGGAUAUCUGGAUCGGGAAGAAUGGGGCUCACGUUCGCGAAGCUCUUCAGCCGCCUCUUUGCGAAGAAGGAAAUGCGGAUCCUGAUGGUUGGGCUUGACGCGGCGGGUAAGACAACCAUCCUGUACAAGCUGAAGCUCGGGGAGAUCGUCACCACCAUACCCACCAUCGGAUUCAAUGUGGAGACUGUAGAGUAUAAAAAUAUUAGCUUCACUGUCUGGGAUGUUGGUGGCCAGGACAAGAUCAGACCUUUAUGGAGGCAUUACUUCCAGAACACACAGGGUCUUAUUUUUGUUGUUGACAGCAAUGACAGAGAUCGCGUAGUUGAGGCAAGGGAUGAACUUCACAGGAUGCUUAAUGAGGAUGAGUUGCGCGAUGCUGUCUUGCUCGUGUUUGCAAACAAACAAGAUCUGCCAAAUGCUAUGAAUGCUGCUGAAAUCACUGAUAAGCUUGGUCUGCAUUCCCUGCGUCAACGGCAUUGGUACAUACAGAGCACUUGUGCCACAUCCGGUGAGGGUUUAUACGAGGGGCUUGAUUGGUUGUCCAACAACAUAGCUAGCAAGGCUUAAAAAAUGUGGAAGAUGCAACAAGAAGUCUCAGAAGCAAGGAGCAACUGCGUUCCCCUUUUCCGUAUCCUGACGAUGUUUUUGGUACAUUAUGACCCAAGACACUUUUUAAGCUUUAGCGUGUAUGGAUGAUCUUAUGUUUGGUUCUUUGUUGCCACCUGACGUUUUAUGUAUACACAUGGUUUUCUAGUUCUUUCAGUGGAAAAUCUGCUUCAUUAUCUUGAUCA